GUUUAGUUGACUACAAACAAGAACCAAAUUGUUUGCAAAAAUGAUAUUCUCGACAUUAUUUAGUUUUAAUUCAUUUUAUAUAUUCACCGCUGGUUUGAUAGCAUUGUAUUUUUAUUUGACUCGGAAUUUCAAAUAUUGGUCAUCCCGUGGCAUCCCUGGUCCCACACCACUGCCCAUCUUUGGCACUCUAUGGCACCUGUUCUUAAGACCUUUUCCUGAGGGUAUUGUAUAUAAUGGCCAAAAAUAUGGAAGAAUAUACGGGACAUACUUGAGUUCGAGACCAAUGCUUGUAAUAAAUGACCCUCAAUUGAUCAAAGACAUGAAUAUUAGAGAUUUUCAUGUAUUUUUCGAUCACAACGAUUUUAAAACCGGAGAUCCAUUUAGCGAUAGAUCACUGUUUAAUCUAACCGGAGAGGACUGGAAGAAAAUGCGAUCAAUUAUUAGUCCGACCUUUUCAAGUGGCAAAAUGCGAGCAAUGCAUCCCAUUAUCAUUGAUUGCGUGAAGAGAUUAGAGAAAUAUUUGGAGCAGAAGUCGAGGAAUGGAGAGGACGUGGAGAUGAAGAAAGCGAUGGGGAAUCUGACGAUGGAUGUGAUCGCUUCGUGUGCUUUCGGCACUAAAAUAGACACUCAUAACGACCCCAACAAUGAGUUUGUAGUGAAUGCACAAAAAGUAUUUCGAGGGAAUUGGAGGAUUUGGGUCUUCUUUAUACUAAACAGUACUUUCCCUAAACUAAUCAAAUGGACCGGAUUUCAGAUCCAAGAUCCGAGUGCCAAGAAAUUCUUUUCCACAGCCAUUAAGUCAAUCGUGGAAAGGCGUAAAUCGGAGAAAACCAAACAAAGAGAUUACAUAAAUCUUAUGAUUAACGCACAAAACAAGAAACAAGACACCGAUGAAGCAGAUGUGGAUGACUUGAAUGAAGAGAUCUUUGGAAAAGUCGAUUCGGCGGACGCUUUGAAAUAUAAUAAACAGAAGACAGAGAUAACAGAUGAAGACAUAUUGGCCACAAGUUUCUUAUUCUUUGUGGCCGGAUAUGAAACCACUGCUUCUCUUCUGACGUAUAUGUCCUACAGAUUAGCUUUGGAUCAAAAGUGUCAACAAAAACUAUACGAAGAAGUGAGUCGUUUCGACGGGAAGUAUGAUUACGAGAGUAUCUCGAAAAUGCCAUAUUUGGAGGCAUGUGUUGCCGAAACCCUGAGAAUAUACAAUCCCGUCGCAGCUAUCGGUAGAAUUGCUAACGAAGACUAUACUAUUGGCGAUACCGGACUAACAAUUCCGAAGGGGAUGAUGGUUAACUUUGAUAUGCAAACCCUACACCACAGCCCUAAGUAUUACCCAAACCCUGAUCGUUGGGAUCCGGAGAGGUUUAUGCCCGAGAAUAGGGACCAAUUGGUUCCAUACACUUAUAUGCCGUUCGGAAUGGGACCCCGAAAUUGUGUGGGAAUGAGGUUUGCCUUAAUGGAGGCCAAGACAGCGAUAGCCCAUUUGAUUAAUAAAUUCAAAUUCGUGAGAACACCCAAUACUACAGUUCCUCUUGAAAUAAAGAAGUUUGAAGUUCUGUUAACAACAGGAGAUGUUAACAUUGGAAUUGAAUUAAGAAAA